UGUCAGAGAAACUGAAGUCCCUGAAGUCUGAGGCAAGAAGUCAAGGGCAGAACCCUGGUGGUCAAGCACCUUGACAAGGAGGGGAGUGAAGGGUUAAAAUAGCAGGAAGGUUGAAGCAAUGGGGAUGGGGGAGGGGGCACUGUCAGCUUGGCAGUAAGAAGUUCCCUGCCCACUCCUGCAGGUUCCAUCGGGCUUCGGGGACAUGAGAAGUGGGAAGGGGCUCCCAAAUCCGGGCCCCAGGGGGCGUCCAUGCACAUGGGGGAGGUAGCAGCGCGGAGCUAUCCCCGCCAUGUCACAUGCGCUCACACACACACAGACAGGCACACACGUGUGCCCGGGUAUAUAUAGUCCCCAGUCGCUGGGCCUGUCGCUCUGCAGUGGGCGCCGGCUUCCUGGGCUGGGAAGGGGCUCUCGAGGGGUGGGGCAGGAUGCUGGAUGGUCAUUUAUUCUCCGAGGGGCCUGACAGCCCCCGGGAGCUCCAGGAUGAGGAGUCUGGAAGCUGCCUCUGGGUGCAGAAAUCCAAGCUGCUGGUGAUCCAAGUGAAGACUAUUUCCUGUCAUUAUAGUCCCCGCGCCCCUCCUCGACAGACCAUGGACUUCCAGGCCGGCCACUGGAUCCGCGAGCCCCAGAGCCACACGUGUGGGCCGCCCUAUGUGGCUCCACCUUCUUACGAAGGGCCCCACAGGACUCUGGGGGCGAAACGAGGCCCCGAGCCCUCCCAGGCGCCCGUCUCAGCAGCCCCUGCUCAGAAUCCGGCCAGGACCGAGGGAGGGGGCACAAAGAAAAGGCUGGAUCCUCGGAUUUACCGGGACGUCCUCGGGGCUUGGGGUCUUCGGCAGGAGCGGGGUCUCUUGGGGGGAUCCCCAGGCUGUGGAACGGCUAGGCCGAGGCUGGAGCCCCGCCGGGGGGCCGCAGAGAAAAGCCUGGGGCCGGCUGCUGCUGGCCGGAACAGUGGCGGCGACGGCCACCCCCGCGCCAAGACUGCCGGGGACCCAGGCGGGGCGACGGCUCCUGCGGGGUCUGCCACGGAGACUCCCAGCCCCCCGCGUCCCGCCUCCAGGUCCAGGCCCCAUCUCCAGGGCCCCAGGGAAGGGAAAGAAGGUAGAGAACAGAGCUGGCACCCCAAGUCCUGGAUUCCCUCCCCUAAAAAGCAUCCGCCUCCACAUAGCCAGACCCUCCCCAGACCCUGGGCUCCAGGAGGCACGGGGUCGAGAGAGCCCCUGGGUCGUAGAGGGAGGGCCGGCCCCUGGGAGGGUUGGCAGGCCACCCGCCGCGCCCACACCCUGCCCCGCAGCUCCAGCGGCCCUGCUCGUGGAGAAGGUAUUUUUGUCAUUGACGCCACGUGCGUGGUGAUAAGGUCCCAGUACGUCCCGACCCCUCGAACCCAGCGCGUGCAGCUUUUGCCGGCUGGGGUGCCACGCACUGUGGGCGAUGCCCCCAGCCCACCGAAGCCCAGCAAGGAGGAGGGGGAGGCGGCCGCGGCCUUGCCUUCCCCUUGCCAAAAGCUGCUGUCGAGCAGCCGCCUUUCACAACAGCCACACGGGGGGCGCGGGUUCGAAGCUGAGGGCGGGAAGCCCGCGGAUCCCUCUUUGGAGGAGCGCGCCUCCCGCAUCUUGGGGCUCCCGGUGGACGAAGUCAACCUGCAAGACGCCCCCACGCAGCCAGGUAGCCUGGGGCGCUCAGUCUCCGGCCCAGCGGCUUCAGGAGGUGCGAAUAUCGCCGAGGGCUCGGGGGGAUCCCGCAUCCGCCGCCACACCGCCCCUGACUCGGACUCGGAUGAAGCUGCGGAGCUCAGCGCCCAGAGCAGCUCCUCUGAUGGAAGCGACACGGAAGCCUCCGGCGCCCCCUGGCGGAGUGAGCGAGCCGGGUGCCGAGAGGGCGGGAAGACCACACAGCGGCACGACAGUAUCCGAGAGAUUCUGGAUGUCAUCAGCCAAACCGGGGAGGCCCUUUCUGGAGAGAGGAACACGACGGGGGCCCCACGGAGAAGUAGGGAGCGGCAGUGAGAGGCUCUCUGUUGUAUUUGUGCUUCCCAACCCAUCCAUCCUUGGGCCCACUGGCCCCCUUACUUCCUCACAGGCUUCCUUGUACCCCUCACCUACACCGGUUCCCAUAACCCAAAAAGAAGCCGCCCGAAUGAAAGGAAAGGGAACAUAUGCUGAUUUGUAAUUUUAAAAAAAUCCUCACCCUAGGAUAUUUUCCCAUUGAUUUUUAGAAAGAGUGGAAGAG